AGAGGGAAGGGCCAGCGACGCCCCCGAACCCAGCUGCAGAAGCGGCCGCCACCUCCGAAGCACAAGGUGUCACAUCGGAAAAGGAACCUGAGCCCGGGAAGGCGGAGCGGAGCAACGGGGCCGGGCUGGCGCGCACUGCGCUCCGGGCGCUGGGCAGCGCGCGAGCCCCGGGGAGCGCGGCGGCAGCGGCGGACCCCAGUGACCCGAUCCGGGGAUCCCGGCUCCACGCUCUUCUCGCAUUUUUCAGAUCCACUUCCCUCCCCGGACGCUUGCCCCCAAACGGAGCCUUUACAGCCAGAGAAGGUGCGGGAGCCGCAGCAGCCUAGACUUUCCUGGGCACCCAAGAUGCGCUCCAUUAGGAAGAGGUGGACAAUCUGCACUAUAAGUCUGCUCCUGAUCUUUUAUAAGACAAAAGAAAUAGCGAGAACUGAGGAGCACCAGGAGACGCAACUCAUCGGAGAUGGUGAAUUGUGUUUGAGCCGAUCACUUGUCAAUAGUUCUGAUAAAAUUAUUCGAAAGGCGGGCUCAUCAAUCUUCCAGCACUCUGUAGAAGGAUGGAAGAUCAAUUCUUCUUUGGUCUUGGAGAUCAGGAAGAACAUUCUUCGUUUCUUAGAUGCAGAGCGAGAUGUCUCAGUGGUCAAGAGCAGCUUUAAACCAGGCGAUGUCAUACACUACGUGCUGGACAGGCGCCGGACACUAAAUAUUUCCCACAAUCUGCACAGCCUCCUACCUGAAGUUUCACCGAUGAAAAAUCGUCGGUUUAAGACCUGUGCAGUUGUUGGCAACUCUGGCAUUCUGCUAGAGAGUGGAUGUGGAAAGGAGAUUGACAGUCACAACUUCGUAAUAAGGUGUAACCUAGCUCCUGUGGUGGAGUUUGCUGCAGAUGUGGGAACUAAAUCAGAUUUUAUAACCAUGAAUCCAUCAGUUGUGCAAAGAGCAUUUGGAGGCUUUCGGAAUGAGAGUGACAGAGAAAAAUUUGUACAUAGACUUUCCAUGCUGAAUGACAGUGUCCUUUGGAUCCCCGCUUUCAUGGUCAAAGGAGGAGAGAAGCACGUGGAAUGGGUGAAUGCGUUAAUCCUUAAGAAUAAACUGAAAGUGCGAACUGCCUAUCCGUCACUGAGACUUAUCCAUGCUGUCAGAGGUUACUGGCUGACAAACAAAGUUCCCAUCAAAAGACCCAGCACAGGUCUCCUCAUGUACACACUUGCUACAAGAUUCUGUGAUGAAAUUCACCUGUAUGGAUUCUGGCCAUUCCCCAAGGAUUUGAAUGGAAAAGCUGUCAAAUAUCAUUACUAUGAUGACUUAAAAUACAGGUACUUUUCCAAUGCAAGUCCUCACAGAAUGCCAUUAGAAUUCAAAACAUUAAAUGUGCUACAUAAUCGGGGAGCUCUGAAACUGACAACAGGAAAGUGUAUAAAGCAAUAAAGCACAUUUCAAAACAUGCAAACAAACUCGAAACGCACUUCGUUUCUGAAGAUGCUUCUGAAGAUUUGAAAACAGGAUCCAAAUCAAAGCUGGGUUUAGCCAUUCAUAAAUUAACUGAAAGGUUGAUAAAAGAAAUUCACGUGAAAUCCACUACCAGCUGAUGAAAUACCUGCAAAGUGCUCUAAAAAAUAAAUAUUGUGACUUCAAGGGUCCUAGUAAGUGCCACUUCCACUAAGAAUACAGUUUGAAUGUAUAAUCAGUAGUGUUUACAAGAUCCAACAAUGCACUUCUCAUUAAUUAACGAAGCAAGUAUGUUCAUCCUUGUCCGGCUGCCACUGCAACGCCAAGCACAUCAGAAGAGGAAUCCAGGAACACAACUCAGCCCUCGGGAAGUUAAACCACCCUUGUCAGCAGAAAACAAGAUGGAAACACUCUGAGCAGUGAAAUCCGGAAGAACAAACAACUCAAGUAAAUGCCUUCAGUCAGGACUCUGGUCUGAUCAUGAAUUUUGCUUUUGUUUAUUUUUGCUUGUCUUCUAGAAUCUCAUUUGGUUGGAGAACCGGGUGCUUAGAAAUCUGUUCUGAGAUACACAAAUAGGAAAUAAAUAUGAAUGAGAAAAAGAAAGGUCAAGUAAUAAUUUCUAAGGUUGUAUUAUAUUUCUAAAAAAGCAAUCACACAAGGAUUUUUUAAAGUAUUAUUUUGCACAACUGUAAAACUCCAGUUUAUUUUUCAGUGGUAUAAAAGGUACCAGCUAAUCUGUACCCCUCAGUAAUACUGAACCUUUCGAAAACAAAGAAGUUUCACAUCAUCUGAGAUGGUAAAAUUAGCAGACAAAACUGCACUUGUGGUACCAAAGAUUGUAUUCAUGUUUCUACACAGUCAAUGGUUCUCCUUUCAUGAAAAUAAUGUUAUUUACAUGAAUAUGUUAUCACCCUACUAAUGUAAAAGUUGUCUCUAAAUGUUUUAAAGUUUCCAAAAUCUUAUUUUAUUUAAAGGAGAACUUCUAUACCCUCUAAAUUUCAUAAUUUUGUGGGAGUAUUUUUCCUUUACAGUAAAUGUUUGAUUGAUAUAGCCAACUGGUUCUUAAACAUUCCGCCUGUUAUUCAAAUACAAAGAUUGGCACAUUAUUUAUAUCACUAUUAAAUUUCUUAGUGCAGAAAUAACAUAAUUAGUACAGUGUUCUUUACAGAGCAGAGGCGAUUACUCUUAAAACAUUCAACAAUGAACCCGUGUGUCCAUAAAUUGCACCUAAAUAUAUUCAAUUCCCCAAUAGUAUUUUUUAGUUAAAUUUAGUGACAUUAUCAGUGAAUGUGCUUUUAAAGGAAAAUGAAUUUAUUCAUAAAGUGAUUUAAUGCAAUUUAACAUAUAACAGUAUUAGGCAAUUUUCUGGUAACACACUGGGAGGUAAUUCUGAUGUCAACUGUUUCUCUGGAAAGCAGAAGCGCUGUGUUUUCACUUCUUCCUUAGCCAGAAGCAACUUACAUGCUUCUUGUUUCUUGGUGAAUGCAAUCUGAGAAAAGAAAAAAUAGCAGGAGAAAUAUGCAUGUUUUAUUUCUUGCAGAAGGCAUUCUGGGAAAUAAAUAAAAAACAUAUGUAUGAAUAUAUACAUAUACAUAUUCAUGUUAUCAUGGGAAAGGACAUCCAUCAUGGUACAGUUUCCGAUACUUUUAAUAAUAUGUGGUAUUAUUUUUAAAACAUACUGUAUAGAAGAACACAGGGAUGAAGAAGAUAAUAUCUGUGCAAAUUCAUGUUUCUCUAAGAAAGCAGAAUGAAAUGCACAUGGGAAGCCCACAGCUGAAAAUGAGUAGAACUUUAAUGUCUUUUGUCAUGAAGCCUCUUAUGUAUUGGAACUUUUAAAGAAAUAUUUACAUGAUUUGAAUGUAAAGUUGAAUAGUUUGAUUUCCUUCACAAAUGAAACAGGUGGUUUAGGAAAUCUUUGGACUAUGUGCAGAUAGUAUGUUGUUCUAAUCACCUUUAACUUGAAUUCACCAGAAAUCAGAAAGUUACAAGCAAAUUCUUGCAUACAAAAUCCACCUUGACACUCAAAGUAUGUCUUCAAAAGCAGCAGUAAUGUGCAAUACCUUGCUAUUUUUACUGUAUUUUCAACAAAUGCAUUUAAACCAUCUUAAGGCCACAGCAAACCCAUUUCAGCCACUCCGUGUUCUGUGCACUCGUUUAUCUCGUAGACGCAUUGGGUAGUGCCUUUUUAGCUUUCUCCUGUUGCUUUGUUACCCUAUGCUUUGCGUACUCUAAAUACUCGCCCAGCUCAGAAAGUGUUCAGCGUAAUAAAGGGCUUCAGUAUUGACUGAGACUACUUUUGUUCAUCUCAGGGAACUUUCAAUACCCAAGAGUAAAUUCGAUGAAAGGUAUUUAGUGUUCAAAUAAGACAAACUAUACAAGACCAUUUCAUUCCCUGCUGUAAACUGUGCCACCUGUCCUCUCCCUCAGCAUCCCCUGUGGCCUUCUUAUAGGCAUAGAUGUACUUCAAGGAGAUCAGUGAAGACUAAUAUCAAGAAUGGUAAACAGAUUUGAGUUUUAACAAACAAUGGGCAUCAUGGAUCACAAGAGAAUCAAAUUAUAAAUAUACACUUGAAGUAUUUAUUUUAUUCUUCUGCUAAUAUCAUAUAUUUGCGGCUUUAAUUUUUUUUUAAGUUUCUUUUUCAUGAUUUAACCCUGUACCUGGCAAAGCUCUGGCAGCUGAUUGUGAACCAUUCCUGUCCUUUAGGUGAUGUAGUUGUUACUCUGCUGUUGACACGGACAGGUUGUGGAAAUCUUUUCAUCAUUGUUCCCCAGCCUAUUCAGUAAUGAAGUUGCUGAAGUAAAAAAGAAAAUUCAGUGACAGGUUUUUCAGGGCAAAUCUAAUGAUUCAGCCCACAAGACUAAGGAAACUACUGUGGAAGAUUUUUUUUUCCUGUCUGAAAGAAGGCGCUGGGUGUUCCAAUGUCUCCAUGUGUUGUAAAUCAUACGAACUGUGCACCAAUGGUUAGUGGGAAUUUCUGCAUACAUGCUUACAAAUGGGAUUUAUUUAAAUAAUGCUAGGGGUAGUGUACAUACCAACUAGUUACUAAGCUACUACACAGGAAUAAAGGUGAAGAAAGUAAUUUAUUUCCAAUUGAGCCAGUUAGUCAUAAUGCACAUAAUAUGGUGUUUGGUUCAUGAAAGGGUUCUUUGCGUGUGGUUUUUGUAAGGACUAUCUAUAGUUGUGGAAGGGAUGUAAGAAGAGUUGUGUAUAGUUAGUUGUUACCUCUACAACUUUAGAAGUUUCUCCAUUAUACAUUAUCCACAUACCACUGUUCUAAAAUUUGAGUGAGGGUUAUUGUUUGUAUUUGAUAAAAGAAAAUCCAAAUAAAGCCCACCUAGAAAUAGAUAUUUUAUUAUAUAUGUGCUAUAGAUAUAUCUAUAUAGUACAAAUAGACAUGUGUAAUGCAUAUAUACAAUGUUAUAUAUGUGUAUCUGUGUGUAUACACACUGAGUCUGUAAUACUACACACUAGAUUUGUGUUAUGCUGAUAACUUCAGGGUCUGCACUGUGAACUACCCUGGAGAUAAGACCACUUUAGAAUAAGGAAGUUCUUUUGAGACUUCUGUUAGAAAUCUGCUUUAAGAGAGAUCUACUUUAUAUCUGAAUUUUGUGCUGUUCAUACCUGUAGCUACAAUAAGGGACAGUAUGUCCAAACCUUAAGGGGAAAAAAGAAAUGAAAAAAGAUAAAAAAAAAAAAAAGACCCUUCAAGCUGGCAGUGUAUUUGAAUUGCAGUUUUCAGAUUGGGGCUCCAGCCUUUGUGUUUUUCAUUUAAGUAGCACCUUUUAAUAAAUAGUGUUUCUGUGUGUAGGCAAAAGCACAAGUGUUUCCAAUGUAUAUAGCAGGAAGAAAAAGAGUUUACAGAGAUAGCAUUGCUGCACAGGAUAAUUGCUACUGAGUAUUUCUUAUACCAUUUGUGAAAUUCAAAGAUGAAGUUUAUUCUGUCUGGUUCAUUCUGUUCAAAACUGUUUCCCUAUUGUUUGUGUAUAGCAAUUGGGUAUUAUUGUUUUAUCAUUUGUAAAAUUGUAAAAUAAAUUGAACCCUUUUUUCAAUCUCUCA